AUGGCGAAGGUGGAGGUAAUGUCGUCGGAGCUGGUCGUCCCGGCCGACGAGACCCCGCGGGGCAGCAUCUGGCUCUCCAACCUCGACCUCGCCGGCCGGAGAGGGUACACGCCCACGGUCUACUUCUUUCACCCCAACGGCGACCCGAGCUUCUUCUCGGACGACUCCAUGAAGGACAGCCUGGCCAGGGCUCUGGUCGCGUUCUAUCCGCUGGCCGGCCGCCUCGGGCUGAGCCGCGCCGGCCGCGUGCAGGUGGACUGCACCGCCGAGGGCGUGGUGUUCGUGACGGCGAAGUCCGAGCACUACACGCUUGAGGAGUUGAUGAACGAGUUCGUGCCGUGCGGUGAGAUGCGCGACCUUCUGGUACCGCCCACGCCGGCGCCGAACCCGCCGUGCGCGCUGCUGUUCGUGCAGGUGACCCGCCUCCGGUGCGGCGGCGUGGUGCUGGGCCAGGCGAUGCACCACUCGAUCGUGGACGCCCGCGGCGCCGCGCUGUUUUUCGAGACGUGGGCGAGCAUCUCCCGCGGCGCCGGGAUGCCGCCUGUGCCGCCAUGCUUCGACCACUCGCUGCUGGCGGCGCGCCCCGUCGGAGCGCGCGCGGUGCUGUACGACCACGUUGAGUACAAGCAAGAGCCGGAGCCGGUGGACCCGGUGUCGGCGGCGACGUACGCGAGCGCCAUGUUUACGAUGAGCAAGGCCCAGGUGGGCGCGCUGAAGGCGCGGUGCGCCGGCACGUCGACGUUCCGCGCGGUGGUGGCGCUGGCGUGGCAGUGCGUGUGCCGCGCGCGGGCGCUGCCGGCGUCGGCGGAGACGCGGCUCUACUCGAUGGUGGACAUGCGCGCGCGGCUGGAGCCGGCGCUCCCGGCGGGGUACUUCGGCAACGCGGUGAUCCGCACGUCGGUGACGGCGACGGUGGGGGAGGUGGUGUCGAGCCCGGUGGUGCACGCGGCGCGGCUGGUGCGCGCGGUGACGAGCCAGGGCAACGAGCACGCGAGGUCGCUGGUGGACUACCUGGAAGGGGUGGACACGAUGAACCUGCCGCGGUGCGGGAUCUCGCGCACGCACCUGCGCGCCAUCAGCUGGAUGGGGAUGUCGAUGUCGGACUCCGACUUCGGGUGGGGCGCGCCGGCGUUCAUGGGGCCGGCGCUCAUGUACUACAGCGGCUUCGUGUACGUGAUGAACGCGCCGGGGAAGGACGGCGCGCUCGCGCUCGUGCUGUCGCUGGAGCCGGAGAGCAUGCCGGAGUUCAGGAAGGUGUUCGCCGACGAGCUCGCCCGCCUCCAAGUCUAA